AUUGUCGGCAUCACUCAUAGACCGUUUACAAGACGGCUUCCGCUCGUACAAGUCAUCAUAACCUCGCAUCGUGGUCGUCCGCUUCUCCCCAUUCGUCACCGUGACCCGAUAGUCUCGAUUUCAGCCUCUUUGUACAACAAUCUUGACGUGGCCGUCACCAUCUACAGCUCAUCGCAGUCCUGUCAGCGAAGAUCCGUCGGCACUGUGUAGUGACCUAGCUUGGACGAACGUCCUUCAGCGCAUCCCCAGAACCGCUCUCCCGCAAAUUCGGCGCGAUGGCAGAUCUCGACGAAGAGCUUUUGGGCCUGGUCGGCGACGACGAUAGUGGUGACGAGGGAAGUCUCGACGACUUGGAGCGACCGGAGCAGGCGGAGCUCGGCGAUAUUUCUGGUGGUGAGGAGCCGCAGCCCAGCGUUGAGCAGGUGGACGAUGUGCCUGAGAGGAGGAAAGGAGUCGCACAAAAAGUGAGAGCCAAGCGGGGAAAGCGGAAGGUCAGGCAACAGAGUGAAGACGAGGAUGACGAUCGCUCUGCAACUCCUGGUUCACCCGAAUCCGUUGUCCAAGACGACGAGGCCGAUGCGCCCGGAGAGGAAGAGGAGGAGAUUGAACCAUUGUACCCGCUCGAAGGCAAAUACAAGUCGGAGGACGAUCGCCAUUACGUCGAGGGUUUGUCAGAGAUUCAACGAGAGGAGCUCCUCGCGCAACGUGCGGAACUGGUGACCCGACGUACGCAGGACCAGCUGCUGAAGAAGGCUCUGGCUAGCAGCAGUGCCGCCAACAAGCAGAAAAGAAAGGCUGCUGCGGCAGAUCUAGAGGACAACAACAGACGCACUACUCGACCGAAGACGGAAAAGCAGACUGCUUUGGAUACCUACCGGAAAGCGCGAGAAGAGAAGGGCGCACAGCGAGACCGAAUCGCGAGCGCUCGCGACCGUAGAGACGAGCGCUCUCCGUCUUCCCAUGGUUCGGAAAGAGAUGCCGAUGGAGAGAGUGAGGUUGAGUGGGCGGCGGAGCCGGAGCGUAAGGACGAGCCACCAGCAGAGAUUACGGACUUCAAUUACGCAAGAAUGGGCCGUUCGGGCUUUGCCAAGGUCUGCUUCUAUCCAGGAUUCGAGGAGGCCAUCAUGGGUAGCUUUGCAAGAGUUGCGAUAGGACCUAACCGGGAGACGGGCCAGAGCAUGUACCGCAUGUGCCAAAUCAAAGGCUUCACCGAAGGCAAACCUUACCAGAUGGCGAACUCGGUUGGCAAGCCUUUUACAACCGAUCAGUAUGCGAUUGUUGCACAAGGCAGUGCCGAGAAGCCAUGGCCCUUCUCCGCCUGUUCCGAUGGGAGGUUCACAGAUGCCGAGUACGUUCGUUUCAUGGAUACAUUGCGGAAGGAGAGCAUUAAGGUACCAUCACGACGGUUCUUGCACAAGAAAGUGGCCGAAAUCAAAGGCCUGCUCGACAUGCAGUUCACCGAGGAAAUGUUGAACCAGAAGUUCAGCAAGCAAAGAGCGAUUCAGCUCAAGUACGAUCCGGUCCAUCAGGCCAAACUGAAGCGCAAGGACAUUCAGAGACGUCGCGCGGAAGCGGAGCAGAACAUGGACGAAGAGGAGAUGGCCAGAUGUGAUGCCGAACUGGAGGCUCUCGAGAACGGAGCCGCUAACGGCGGACCGAAGACUGCACCAAAGGUCAAGGCCAAGGACCAUGCCAGCCCUGCGAAACCGGUGGCGCAGCAUGAGAGUCUUGCCAUUCUCAACCGGCAAAACCGCGCUAAGAACCAGCACGAAGUCAGACAGGCUUUGAUCAAGGAGCGAGCAAAGAUUGAGAAAGCGCGAAGAGAUGCACAUGACAAGAAGACUGCCGAAGUUCGGGCGGCAGUGCAUGCAAAGGCCCACAGUCGGGCUUUGCAGCACAACAAGGAGCUGUUUGGUGAAGACACGCCUGGCACGAGCCGCGCCGGCACACCUGCCAACGGUACCAACCCGCCCAAGAAGCGCGCUGACAUGGGACUCAACGGAGUCAAAGGCCCCAUUGGCGCACUGAAGAAGAAGAACAUGGACGACGAGGUCAUCAGUGGUCUCGACUUGGACAUUGAUAUUGAGAUCUGAAGUCUUUGCAGAUGAUGUGGUCUUUGUACGAAUAGAGAGAGAGAGAGAGAGAGAGAGAGAGAGAGCGAGAG